GCUCUUGUUCUGUGGUUUCAUGCUAUCUAACUUCAGCUAAAGUCAGUGAUCCAUACUGAUUAUUGAUCAGAUGAAGAUGUGAUCCACAGUGAGGAUGAGUAUGAAGGUCUGGACUCAGCCUCCGGCUGUGAGGGUUUCCUGUGAAGACGACGAGUGGACUUCUGGGAUCUGUGAAUGCUGCCUGGAGAUGAACGACUGCUGCUAUGGGUUCUGGUGUUGUCCCUGCUUCGCCUGUAGAACCAGCAGGCUGUUGGGUCACAGUCUCUGUCUCCCUCUGCUGGACGUCUGCGGCUGCAUCCGACCAAUCAGCACAGCCAUGAGGGUCCACGUGCGGCAGCGCUACGGCAUCCGGAUGUCCAGAGAGAUGAAGUACAGGACACUUCCCACCACGCUGGGGGACAUCCUCCGCAGGGACGAUGACAUCAUCCGCAGGGACGAUGACAUCAUCCGCCGCUGAUGACAUCAUCGCUGUGAACCAUCCACGUACUCUCAGUGAUGCCUUUUUAAAUAUAGUUUUUUUGUUUACUAAACUUUCUUCAUUUAACUUCUUUUAAUUAUCUGACUUUUAUUUAUAUUGAAGUAUUUUUUUCUUUUGUAUUUUUCUUUGAUAUUUAUCAAGAAUGUUUCUUUUAACACUUUUUGAUUGAUUUAAUUUGCCGUAAAUGUUUGGUUCAUUUUGUUAUAUCUACACAAACUGAAUACUUAACGUCUGUUUUGACUUAAUAAAAUAUUAUAUUUUAAUUCUAAAAGGAGACUUUGAUAAAAGAAAGUAACAACAGAAACAAUUUUCAAUUCAAUUCAGUUUAUUUUGUAUAGCCCAAAAUCACAAACACCUCUCAGAGGGCUUUACAAUCUGUACACACAUAUCUGACCUUUGACCUCACAUCAGAUCAGGGACAACUCCCCCCAAAAAAUUCUUUAAGGGUAAAUAAGAUAAGAAGC